CAGCAGGAAAGUUUAUCAAACACCCAGAACAGACCCCAUGAGCAUUUAAACAUGUUGAAGUUGUUCUUUACUACAUGAACUGAACAGAGGGCUCUGAAACUCUGGAUUAAGUCUUACAAGAUUACUAGUUUGGAGUACAACCUUCUUUAAAUACGUUUUUUAAAUGAGUACAAGUAAAAUGUCAUUUUUGCUCAUCAUUUGGAUACUUUUUACUCUGGAUUUGUCUGAGUCUUCACACGAAGGAUGCCAAGAAGAGAUAAAUCUCCUUCAUGCACAGCUGAAAAGCCUGCAACUUCGUGAUACAAAGCAACAGGAGCUUAUCCAACGCCUGUUGAAUCUCAACCAUAGAGAUCAGUCUUCCCUAAAUGAGGGCACAUUUUUUGACCUGCGUGACAAACAAUACAUAGAUUGUGCUCAGAUUUUCAAAGAUGGUCACACGCAAAGUGGAUUUUACAUGAUUAAACCUUUGACAAGUCCAGCCAAGAUCCGAGUAUACUGCGAUAUGUCUGAUGGGGGUGGAUGGACAAUUUUCCAGAGACGUUCAGAUGGUGGGCAGUCAUUUGAAAGAGAUUGGAAUGAUUACAAAAACGGAUUUGGUGACAUGCAAUCUGCUGAUGGAGAGUUCUGGUUAGGAAAUGACAAUCUGUAUUAUUUGACAUCUCAAGAUGAUUACAAUCUAAGAAUCAAUCUAGAAGACUUUGAGGGUAGCCACCGGUAUGCAGUGUACAAAAAGAUUAAAGUGGAUAAUGAACAGAAUCAUUACCAGCUACAGUUUGGUGAAUACACUGGAAAUGCAGGUGAUGCUCUCUCUGGCAGUUAUCAUCCUGAGGUUCAGUGGUGGGCCAGCCACCAAGGAAUGAAAUUCAGUACACGAGACCGGGAUAAUGACCGCUACGAUCGCAAUUGUGCUCAGGAGGACAAGGGUGGCUGGUGGUUUAACAGAUGUCACUCUGCUAAUCUGAAUGGAUUCUACCGCAGAGGUCCGUACAGUGCAGUGACUGAUGAUGGAAUAGUGUGGUACCCAUGGCACGGCUGGUGGUACUCUCUCAAAUCUGUUCAAAUGAAGAUCAGACCAGCAAGCUUUGAGCCUAACGAUGUUUAAGACGUAUUGAUCUGUCAUUGUAUUGGUAUGAGUUUUUAAAAGGAGAUGAAUUUGUGGACGAUGGCAAAUAACAUUAUAAUCAAGCUUAUUAGUGAACCUCAGUUUCUUGACUAUUUACACAUCUAGUUUAAAAAGCACCUCACCUGUAUGUAGUAGCCUACAAUAAAGUGUUCAAG